GGUUGGAGAGGCAGCGAUGGAUGCAGCAGUGAUGGACCCGGCUUCCUUUUUUAAGAAUCAGUGAGAGAGAAGGGAGCAGAGCUGCGUUAUUUUAGGGAAACCUUGUCGCACUCCCCCUCCCGCGUGUAGGUAGCGCCUGGGGUGUGUGCGGGCCCCAUGGAGAGACGCUGGCGGUGGCUGGGGUGGCAGCUGGGGCUCCCAUCGCGGAUGCAGUCGGCAGUAACCCGACCCCGCCGGCGCGGGGACUGAAGAAGCACAGGGUAAAGCCGCGAGCUGCGAACAAAAGCCCUCGGCGCGAGGCCAAGCCCGGGACGUGCGAGACUCCACAAAAGGACAGGGCUCAGUCAUGGUGGACCCCAUACCUGAAGAGGAGAAGGCAGGCGCCGAGCCCGGCGGCUCAGGAGGAGGAAACGGAGCCGCUGCGUCCGUGCCUCCUGACGCCCAGGGCGCCCAGCAGCCCGCAGACUCUUCGGCCUCGGCCUCCGCGUCGGUGCCCCGCAAGGCUGAAGUCCCGUGCGCCGCAGAAGGCGAGCGGCGGGAGCAGUCCCCGUUGCUGCACCUCGACCUCUUCAACUUCGACUGUCCGGAGGCCGAGGGCAGCCGCUACGUGCUGACCAGCCCCCGCUCGCUCGAGGCCUGCGCCCGCUGCGCGGUCAAACCAGUAGAGCUGUUGCCACGGGCCCUGGCCGACCUGGUGCGUGAGGCCCCGGGACGCUCCAUGCGAGUGGCCACCGGCCUCUAUGAGGCGUACGAGGCGGAGCGGCGCGCCAAGCUCCAGCAGUGCCGGGCGGAGCGCGAGCGCAUCGUGCGCGAGGAGAAGCGGCGCCUCUUCACGCCGCUGGGCCCCGCGCCUGCCGCGGCCUCGGCCCCCAGCGCGGGCAGCAGCAGCAGCGGCAGCAGCGCCAGCCUCCCGGCCUCGCCCGCGCCGCGUGCGGCCCGCAAGGCCUCCUCCAGUCCGUCCCCGGCUCGGACCCAACCUCUGCCCGCGGGUUCUCGGGCGGGCAGGAAAAGCCACUCACUAGACUCCUUGUCCCGCCGGCGGGAGGGCGCCCUCAGCUCCGAGUCGGGCGCGUCGUCGUCGUCCUACAGUGGGGAGAGCCUGCGGGAGCUGCGUUGGCCGCAGCGGGUCUCAGCCAGGAACAGCUGCCCCGCGGGGUCUUUGUCCUCCGCCCCCAACCCUCUGGGCCGCCCGUCCGCCCUGGCCCUGGUGCCCCUCUCCGCCCGCAGCUUCAGCCUCGGCGACUUGAGCCACUCACCGCAGACGGCCCAGCACGUGGAGCGCAUCGUGCGCCAAGUGCGCGCCGAGCGGGGCCUGCGAGGAGUCCCGGAGCGCGACCGGAAGAUCGCGGCGCUGAUGCUGGCGCGGCACCAGGAAGAGCGCCUGUUGCUGGAGCAGCGCGCAGCGGCCCACGGCCAGUGGGAGCAGCAGCGCGUGUGCGCCGAGCAGCGAAGAGAGCGCGAGGAACGCGAGAAGCGGCGAGCCCUGGAACAGGGCCGCCGGGCCUGGGCUGCGCAGGUGGAGGAGCGGCGCGGCCGCCGGGGCCGCGAGGAGCGGGAGGCGGCGCGGAGGCGGCAGCGACAGUGCGAGCUCAGCGAGGAGCGGCGGCGGGAGCUGGCCGACCGCCAGGGCCUCCUCCGGCGGGAGCGAGCGGAGCGCUCCGCUCGGGAAGACCGGCUGCGCAAGCUGCAGCAGGAGCAGAACCUGAAGCAGCGGGAGGAGGGCCUGCAGGAAGGGCGCGAGCGGGCCGAACAGGUCCGCAGGGAGCGCGCGCAACGGGCAGCCCACACCAAGCAGCGGCAAGAGGGCCAGCUGCAGCGGGAAAAGCGGGAGCUGAGCCGGGCCGAGCAGGCGCGUCACCAGGCGCUAUUGCAAGGCCGGGCCCGGCAGGAGCACAAGGAGCGCGAGGUCCUGCGGAGUUCCCUGGAGACCAGCUUGGGCCGAGCGCAAGAGAACUACGAACAGUUGGUGGAGCAGCGCACCCGAGAGCUGCGGGAGCGGGCUCGGAGGGAGGAGCUGCAGGGCCGGCGGGCCAAGGAGACGGCCGAGCGCAAAGAGCGCGAGCAUCAGUUGCACCUGGAGGCACUGGCCCGGGCAGGGGAGCGGCGGCUGCAGCAUGCGGCGCAGGCAGCCGAGGAGGCUGUGCAACAGAAGGCGCGGCGCGUAGGUCAGAGCCGGUUGGAAAAGGAGCGGGCCCAGCGUGCCAACAAGGAGAAAGUGGAGAGGGAUGAAGACUGUCGCCGGCGGGAGCUACUCCAAUCUAUCGGGCGCAAGUUGGAGCGUAGCGAGCAGCUGUCGCGGGAGCGACGUACAGCACUGGAGAGCGCUCGCUCCACAGCCCGGGCCUCCUUCCACGUGCGCGAGAAGGUGCGCCAAGAAACCAACACACGCUCCUUCGACCGCAUGGUACGGGAGGCCCAGCUGCACGCCAGCCUGGACCGCAAAUGACCGGCGCCCUGGGCUGGCUAGACUGCCAUGCUCAGCCUCUUGGGGCCUCCCGUGGCCACUUUGACCAGACCGUGGGAGUCCCCGGUUGGGGCACAGCACGGUGACCUCUCCACCGUGACCAGUGAGGCAAUGGGAGGACCGACAUGCGAGACCUAUCAGUCCGCUGCCUUUGUUUUAAAAAACUGACUUCAUAUAGAAAUAACAGCACAAUCUGGGACCACAUCCACCCUUGGUGGCUCCCGCACCUGCCCUUGCCAAGCUGCCCUGUGUGUCUUUUGGGUUGGAAAAGAAAAGAGCCGGGCGAAAGGGGUGGGUCGGGCCUAGGGGGAGAGCCCCCUUCCAGCAGAGAAUGCAGGGGUGAUUGUGCCCCCUUCUGUAGCAAUCACCCUAGGCACCUUUCAUAUAUUGGUGUUUGAGAGAACUGCGUAUACUGCAGCUGAGGAGGCAUUUCCCUAGCUCACCUCCAUCUUUUAAAAUAUGGCAAGUUGCACAAAGCUCUAGGUCUCACAGAAAAGCACAGGUUUUCCAAGGUGUUAGGCCACACCCAAGUGACCCAAAAAUGAGUUGAUUUUUGUAUGCUUGACUUUGAUCUGCCACUUGAGCAAAUUCUGGUCUUAGCCCUGAUAGUUUUUUCAUUUCCCCUAGGUUUUCUAGUUAGACAAUCAUCUGCAAAUAAUGAUUAGUUUGUGUCUUUUUUUCUCUCCUAUUCCCCCAAGUGACACAAGAAAUUAGUUGGUUUGGUAAUGUGGUUUAGCUUUAGUGGAAGCCCCCAGCCUUUGAAGGAGGCAAGUUCCUUAGGCAGCAGAUUAAGCAUUCUUGCAGGGUAGUUUCAAGGGGAAGCGGUGUCUGAUGCCCACUUCCCACGUGGAUCCCACUCCUCACGGACAGCAGCCAUGCCUUAAGAAGCAGAGCUACCUUAUGUGCCUGCCCAGGCCAAGCCUGCCUAAAUCUCCAGCCCUGGAUGCAGUCCCAAGGGUGGGCCCUAGGGAGUGUGGAUUCCCUCUGUGAAGGAAUCAUCACAGUGGCCCUGAGGACAAUUGACCGUGGUGGCUGAGAGCUGGAAUUGCCUCUUUGCUAUUGAGAGUUGUGCUCACUAUUGUUGGCAGUGUAUCUUCUCUUCCUCCUCUCCCCCAUGUGAGGAAAAAGAUAAUCUCUCCCUUAAAUUCCCUCUCACCUAUGACUGAAAGUAUUUAAUCAGUCUCUCUGUGCCUCACCUUUCCCAUUGGCCAGAUGGGACCGUUGGUACUCUUCUCCUGGUACCUCAAGGUCUCCCGGAUCCAAAGCGCCACCUCAGUAUUAUGUGCUGGUCUUCUUUGUGCCUUUCUUGACCUGGAGUUGGGAGGCAGGAGGGCUGCUAUUGGCCUAGUUUGUCUCUGGGAAUAUGGAUUCCUGUUCAGUGCUCACAGACAGAUGGUCAUUUAGACUCUGGGGGAAAAUAUUUGCAAGACCAGGCCAUUCCCUGGUCCAAAAAGUCCUGUUCAGUUGUCAUCAGGAAACUUGAACCCCUAGAGUACUUCUCUUCCAUGAAGCCAAAGUCAGCCCUCAGCUGUGUCCACCCACUGACUCUGCCUUCAUCAGGGAAGGUAGGAAGUAAAACAUUACUUCUUAUGUUAAAUCAGGAUCAGGAAAUAAAAGUUACCAAAAAAAUCAGGGUAGAGAACUACUGUAUAUUAUACAUAGUUCAUGUAUAUUCUGCUGGACAGAAUUGUUCCUAAAAUGUCUGGUGUUACACACAUGCGUGUGUGCACACACAUGCAUACACUUUGUCAGUACCCCCUUAUCACAUGCCAACAGGUACAGGAGUAUUGUGUAGAAGGAAGCAGUGCUUAGGUGUUAUAUUUCAGAUGUUGUGAAACUAGGAAAGAAACUGUGCCAAAGUUUAUUUCUUGAGUGGGUGAAUUUUUUCCUCAAAUUUUCUCGUCGGUAACCAGGUUGUCCAUGAGCUGUAAUAAUUGGCAUUGUGAGUCAGGGGCAUUUAACUAAAAUGCUAAUAUGAUACUGGUUCUUACCUUGUGGUUCCUGAUUUGCUAGAAACCUUAAUAGAAAGUUCAACCUAAAACUACUUACUUCCAAAGUAGGUACAUUCAUAUGAGAGAGACAAUCUGGUUUUUUGUGUGUUUUUUUUAUAAGGCACUGAAAGGUACAUAGGGGAUCUUAUCUGUCCUUUAUUCAGUUUGUUUUCUGACUUACUGAGUGACUUCAGGUAGAUUACCUCUUUGUGCCUUGGUUUCAUGGCCAAAGGGAUGGUGAUCUCUGCCCUCCCUCUCACACGAACACUGUGAGGAAUGAGUCAGAAUCAAAGUGGUGCUCUCAGUGCUAUGGCUUUGGAACUGCAGGUACAGUUGCUAUAAACAGAGAGGAUCACGUGACUGUACUAUACCUAGAGAGUAUAAUGUACUGUCAUUGCCGAGUGCAGAAAGAAAUGGUCUUGAAAAGCAUAUUGCAGAUCACAGUGUCACAUGUGAUGCAAAUGCCCAGGCCUGAUGUCACCAAAUAAUGCACUUAGAGAAAAGCACUGUGAAAAGGAAAUAACGUUUAGAUUAAAAAACAAAAACGGUAAAGCUAAGUAGAAUGAAAGCAAACACAGAAGCCAAACCUAGUAAUAGUAAAGAAUGGUUCUUCCAAAUUUCAGACCAUCCCCUAGAAAAUAGACCCAUCUCUUUAUUCGAGGAUAAGUGGUCAUGUUGCCCUUUAAGGAGGAGCAAUUUCCAAGAUCCUUUGUUGGGCCCUUUAUUUAUAUUAUUUUCUUUGAAAUGAUGCCAGAGAGAAGAAGUGUUUCUUAUUCUGAAGUGCAGCAAGAGAAAAUUGGAGGGCAGGGGUGGUGGGGAUGAUGAAGAAUGGCUUACUUCUGAUGUGAACAUUCUAAUAAGUGCCCAGAAUUGUCCUCAGAGCACCAUGCUGGAAGUUCUUACCAUCCAACAAAAUUGCAGCCUUGAAGUGGCCCCAGACCUUCACAUUUACCCUCCUGGCACAUUCCUUGCUCAGAAAAGAGAGAACAUGAAGUGUGAUGAGGAGGAAUGGAAAGGGUUGGAAGAAACUUUAGUUUGGUUCAUUACCAAGAAGACAAGCAGGACAAGGCCAUUUCACAUGGAAUCAUUGGUGAAGCUAGCCCAGUGUCCUGCUCAGGCAAUGACCAAUGCUUAAACCACAGCUGGACGGGAAGAUGGAAAUUUACUUUCGGAAGAACAUGGACUGUGAGUCUUCAAUGGGAGCCGUAAGCAGGACUUGCCAAAGAUGAAGAGUCUGUGGGUUGAAAGGCAUAUGAGAAUGCAGCUUGUGUUCAGGCCAUUCUGUAAAUGCCCACCAGUUAUUAUUCUCCCUCCUUUAAAAAGGCCAUUGAAACUGAGAGUGACUGACUCUACAUAAGGCCCUAUAUCUUGUUUACCAUUAAUUCCCCUGAAGCCCAUGGUUUAGCACCGCACAUAGGGUAAGCACAUAAACACUGGAUGGAGUGAGGGAUAGUUGAUGAAUGGCUGAUGGAUAAAUGAGUGGGUGACCAGGGGAAAUCUGUAUAAAAUAGAUUGGGCAGUCCUCCAUUCAUUCAAUAAAUUUGUAAUGAGCACCUGCUUUUUGCAAGGCACUGCUCUUGGUGCUGGAGAGACAGUCUCCCUGAUCAUUGACCCUAGGGACCAUUUAUGCUGCAGUGUCAUGAGCAGACACCUGUAUUUCCCCAUUGGGCUUAACUACCUUCCCACCCUGGUUUCCAUCCACAGGAAGACAGAUGGCCUUUCAAGCACUAAUUUCAAGCCUUUUCAGUUUCCUGGGGACAUGCCAUCCACUAACCAAACAUCAUCUAGUCACUGUUGUUCUCUUUCCCUCAGAGGAGCCUUGAUUAAUCAGGUCAAAUUCAUAAGGUCAUGUACUUAAUCAGCUUUAAAUUACAGUAAAAAGAGAGAAAUUAAUUACCUUCAAGGGCAUUGAUCUGUGUUGCCUAUAGCAGAGGCAGCAUAAAUAAUGAUCAUGGACCUAGAGAACCAUGUCUCAGGUUGCACAAAGUCCCAGAUCAUCAAAAUGGGACCAGUUCCAUCAUUUGACUGUUGUUGUUGAGACAAAAACCUCAACAUUUCAGAAGCAUUUCCAGUUUUAAAGUCCCAACAAAGAGAGAUUUCUGAUCAAUACAAAAUCAAUAAGAAAGUUUAGUGAACCAGAACAUCCCACUGCUUUAGACUUCCUGGUGAUUGAGGUAACCCACAGGUUGUGUAGACUUGCCUUUUCUCCACCAUAUGACUGCAUCUCUACCCUGCAUGACCCAAAGGAAUAUUUGACAGCAGAACAUGAGGAAACUUGGCAUUUCUUGACACAGUGUGCAUGGAUAGGGGCUUCCAGGAACCCAGCAGAUAGCUCUCAGUUGUAGAAAUGUUUAGGCCUUGUAUGUUACACAUUUGGUUUGGGGAGUCUGAUGGAGCACCUGCAGUAUUACGCAUGAUCACAUGCUUUGGUUACAUGACUCUUUAUAGAAGAGCAUCUUGUCUGCUCACAUAUGUGCUCUGUCCCACGAAGCUCUGAUGCACUCUCCAUAUGCGCCUCCUCCCAGCCCAAUGCAUCUCCCACAUGUCCCAGGCCUUCAUACUGUCCCUGGUGCUGCUCUGGCUUCACAGAGGUUGGCACUGGGACAGAGGGUGGAGUUAAUAGCAGACAUUAAGAUAUAGAAUGGGAGGGUGAUUUCUUUUCUGAGGAACACUGGUAAUCAUUGUUGGCAAUGUUGCUGCUUCCUGAUUCAUCAAAUACUGUCAUGUCUCACAUAAGCACAAAAACCUAGUUCAAAGCGAUUUUUAAAUUAGCUUCCAUUUUGAACUGUUCAUGCCUUUCUUCCUCUCCCUUAGUUCAGUUUUUUUUUUAAU